UUUCGUUUUUCUUGCGCAUGGUUCGUUGCUGUUCGCGAAUCUUGGCAUUAUUGCAUUAAAACGCGCUCUCAGCGCUUGUAAACCAACAAAAAAAAUUACAAAUUGAAGUUUAAACUGUUCUGCAAAGUGCAGCGUGCUUGGUUGAAGCAGAGCUUUUACCUAGCUGCAUUUCGAAAUAACAACAACAACAACUACGGCAAGAGAACAGCUGAAAGCUAAUAGCUGAAAGGUUGCGCUUAAGAAGUUACUGGAAUAAGGAGCGACUGUAUUGCAAUUGAAUUGAGCAACAAAUCAAUUGUUGAUCAACAAAGAUAGGCGCGCACGUACUCAGACACUUAUACACAUUCACACACACACAUCAAACAAUAUGGUGGACUAUUACCAAGUAUUGGAUAUUGCACGCACUGCCACUGACGGUGAAGUGAAAAAAGCCUAUCGAAAAUUGGCACUCAAAUGGCAUCCAGAUAAGAAUCCGGACAAUUUGGAAGAGGCAAACAAACGUUUUCGUGAGCUCUCCGAGGCGUACGAAGUCUUAUCGGAUGCCCGUAAGCGACGUAUCUACGAUGCUCGGUCCACGCUGCACAAAGCGUCAGCAGCGAGCAGCAACAGCAGCAGCAGUUAUUCCCGUUAUCGCAGCGGCAGCGGUGCAUCCUCAACGAGUGGUCGCAGCUACGACUACGACCAUUAUUAUCCCAGCUACGGCAGCGGGUCAGCCGGCAGUAGGCGUGGCAAUCGCUAUCAGGCAUUCACCUUCCGCAACUUGUUCGAGGGCACGCCGUUUCACAAACUGUUUGAGAAGAAACGCCGCAUUUACGAUGAGUACGGCAAGGAUGGAUUAGGGGACCGGGCACAGAGCCGUUCGCAUGCUCGUCAUCAUUAUAAUACACACGACUUUGAUGACUUUGACAUCAUGGGCGGCUUUCCAUUCGUGUUCCGACCACCCGAGGAGGUCUUCCGAGAGUUCUUCGGCGUCAAUUCGCCCUUUGCCGAUUUCUUUAGAGUUGCGGAUGGCAAUGGCUACUCGCAGUCCAAUGGCGCCACUAGCAGCAGUCGACGUCAUGGCGGACACGGUGCCCACAGCAGCCUUAAUGGCGGCGGCGGUGCAGCUCGCCAUCAUCACCAUCACCAGCAUAAGAUGGCGAGUCCAUUCGGUGCGCCCAUGCUCAACUAUUCAAUGAUGGACUUCUUCAUGCCAACCGGCGGCUUCACCUCCUUCUCUGCCAGCAACAGUGUCGCCACCGGCGGCGGUCUCCACAGCAACGGAGCGGUCAAACGCACCUCCACCUCAACGGUAUUUGUCAAUGGCAAAAAGCUGAUGACCAAACGCGUCGUCGAAAAUGGCAAGGAAACUGUCUUUUCAUAUGAGAACGAUGUCCUUAAAUCAAAGACUGUGAAUGGAGUAUCCCAAAAGCUCUCUUCAAUAGCGAAUUAAACAAUUUAUAACAAAAUGGGCAACAAAUACACACUCACACACCCACACACUGAUAACAAAUUAUUUAACAUAAACAACAACUGCGAAAGAGAAAGGAGAAGCAUUCAAGCUGGAUUCAAUACGAAGGAGUUUAGCAUUGGCGCGAACCUAACAGCAAACAACAUAAAAACAAUAACAAACAAAAAGUCAUAAGUUUAAAACAAAAAGCAA